AUUUGAACAAGACGACUGAGGGGGAACGUUUAACACAGCUUCGUUUUCUCGACGGAUUGUUGUUAGAUGUUGAACCAACAAAGCGAGCAGGAUGGAAGUGAGGGAUGCCAAUGCUGCUAUGCUGAGCAAUUAUGAGGUCUAUCAGCUGCUGACAGACCUGAAAGAAAAAAGAAAGGAGAUGGUUAAAAAUAAGCACAGCACCGGGCAGCAGAAUCUCAACACCAUCAUGUAUGAGACCCUGAAGUACCUCUCUAAGACGCCAUGUGUUCAUCAGAAACCAGAGACAGUGAAGGAGUUCCUCACCGCCAUGCUGCCUCACAAACUUACUAAAGCAGAGAAGCUGCAGCUCUUAAACCACAGACCUCAGACUGCUGUUGAGAUCCAGCUGAUGGUAGAGGAAAGUGAAGAAAGGCUGACAGAAGAACAGAUCGAUGAACUUAUACAGAAAGUCACGGACAUCCUGCCCGGUGACCCACAGACAGAAGCCAAUGAAUCUGCUGAUCCUCAAAUGGACACCAACCAAUAGCAUUUUUUUUAGUUUUUCAUCCUUAAACGCCCAAGAGACAGUGCUAAUACUUACAUUUACUGUUGAUCUUUAUUAUGUCAAUGAAAACAUUAGCCAUUGCUACAUCUAAAAUAAUAAAAAUCCAUAUUUAUUUAACCAUAAAUAUCAUGUUAUUUUGUCAGCAUUGUUUCCCAUGCACAAUUGUCGAAGCUGCAUUGAUCUUUGUUUGAGUAAGGAUAUGAUCUUCUGGGCUCAAGACAGUCUCAGUUCCUCUGCGACAUCCUUCCUGUAUUGCUACUCUUUAUUUCAGCUCAUAAAUGUUACAAUCACUGACCAUUUUGAUUUGUGAGAAAUUGCUCAAAAGCAAACCCAUACCGUUUGUAUGUCCAUUAAGUUCAAAUGUGAAACUGUGAAUCAACAGUUUUUGACUUUAAAACUCUAGUAUACUUGUUACAACCAAGUUAACCAGGAUUUUUUAUCAACAAGUUGCUUAAAGGAUUGUUUCACUUCUAGAAUGAAAAAUGUCCUGGUAAUGUACUCACUCUUUUGUCUAUCAAGAUGUUGAAUAAAAGUAAGGUACUUGGGGAGA